UAUCAGAUCCCGGAAGUUCUUGGCCGCCAUUACUACACAGGAUGUUAUUGUCCUAGCCUGGUCAUGAGACUCCUUAUUUUGUCCACUGUCAUUCUAAUUUAUAUAAUUCAUAUUAUAAAUGCAGAACAGCGGAUUUUAAAUGAUUACAUACGACAUUACGAGGAACUACGAUAUGAUACAGAACAAUUUCAUAAGGACCAUCUAAGGGCAAAAAGAUCAACAAGUAAAAAUCUGGAACUUAAGUUUUCAUCUCAUGGAAGGACAUUUCAUCUAGACCUUCACCCCUCAGACAGUGUCUUCACAGCUGAUCACAAAUCUCUUCAUCCCGACGGGUCAGAGGAACUCGUUGAUACCUCCUUUAUUUAUGAUGGCCAAGUACGAGGUGCUCCACACAGCAGCGUUCACGGCGCCGUAUUACGUGGGAUAUUUCGGGGCACCAUCACGCUGUCACCAGAGGAAAUCUAUUUCAUCGAGCCGGCGGACCGGUACUUCCCGAAUUCUGUCCGUCCUUUAGAAUUUCACUCCAUUAUAUACAGGGAGGACCAUAUGAACCUUGACCCCUACAGACACAAACGUGCCAGCACCGGACUUGAUGGGAGUUGUGGACUGGACAAAUAUCAGGACUGGAUGUCAGAAAGAAGUCACACAGACGAAAAAUUGUAUAGCGAUGUCCAUGGUCACUAUAGGUCUAGUAGCAUGUACAGUAGGGAUUCCAACAGUAAACCCCACCGUACAAAGAGAGCUCCCCCAGGGAGCAGUUGUUAUUCCAAACCUGAGCGGACGUGUAAUCUGUAUCUCAGAGCAGAUCCUGUGUUGUUUAACGCCACAAGAAAAAAUGGGGAUGUGGCGGCGGCUAAGGAUGAAAUCCUGGCUUUGUUCUCAAACCAUGUGUCCGCCAUUAACCAGAUCUACAGUUCUACCAAGUUUCAGACGUUUUGGGGUAACACUCCAGGGACGCCAUGUUUUGAAGGAAUGAAUUUUAGGAUUCAGAGAACAACGAUAAUGACGGACGAAUCUCUAAAGUGCACGACCUAUCUACGGACGAACGCUCUCAGCUUCUGUAACCCAAACAUUGACGUCAGCAACUUUCUGAACCUGAACUCUCUGGACGAUCACGAUCCAUUCUGUCUGGCCUUCGCCUUUACCUAUCGGGACUUCUCUGGAGGGACCCUAGGACUGGCAUGGGUGGGGUCUCCCUCAGCUGCAGCGGGGGGCGUAUGUGAGCGUUAUAAAACAGUUAGGGAGCAGGGUAGAGCUGUACAGAAGAGUCUGAACACCGGAAUAGUUACACUCAUCAACUACGCACGCCGUGUUCCACCGAGAGUAUCACACUUAACAUUCGCUCACGAAGUAGGACACAACUUUGGAUCUCCGCAUGAUAAUGGAGAAAUUUGCGCCCCGGGAGGGGAUCAGGGCAAUUUUAUCAUGUAUCCAAGCGCGACCAAGGGUAACCGCCCUAACAACGAUCAUUUCUCUAAGUGCAGUAAGGGAAAUAUCACGUUAGUCUUAGACGCGGUAGUCAACGAGAGAAACGGGAAGUCUAACUGCUUUAAAUCAUCGGGCGCGGCAUUCUGCGGUAAUGGUAUAGUAGAGUCGGGGGAGCAGUGUGAUUGCGGAUAUAAGGAUGAGUGUACAGACAGGUGCUGCCACCCUCGGAGUAGUGACCCCAACGACAAACUGAUGUGUACAUACAGAGAUCCGUCAUAUAAAUGCAGCCCGACAGAAGGACCUUGCUGUACUGAAGAUUGUAAUUUUAAAUCAAACAAUUCCUAUAUCUGCCGAGCCUCCACCGACUGUAGUCUAAAUGAAACAUGCAACGGAACUAGCGCAGAGUGUCCAGUUUCUGAAAAUAAACCGGACAUGACCUACUGUAACGACUAUACUCAAGUCUGCAUAAACGGGGUCUGCGAAGGAUCCCUCUGUAAAAGAAUAGGUUAUAACAAUACGUCAUCACGUGGUCAGUGGGACGAAUGCUACAUCAGCAAGUCUGGUUCCCUCUCUGUGGUUGAUAAAGAAAGACUGUGUUACUUGGCUUGUAAACAAGAUGCCAACGAGACGUGUUAUGUUUCGGAAGAUGACGGAAUUCCAAAGGCAUUCAGUGACCUAGUUACAAAAGUGAAGAAUUUGCGUGGAGAUACUUCACACAUUUCAGUUGCCUCAGGCACACCCUGUAACAAUUAUGAAGGCUAUUGUGACGUUUUCCAUAGAUGUAGAGGUGUGGACAACGAGGGACCUCUAGAACGACUGAAAAAUUUGAUCUUUGGAGAAGAAACUCUCACCACAAUCAAAAACUGGAUCAUUGAACAUUGGUGGGGUGUGAUGCUAAUUGUGGUCGGGGUUGUGAUUGUAAUGGGUAUCUUCAUCAAAGUAUGCUCUGUAAACACACCAAGUGAAGACCCAAAACUGAAGAAAUUUAGAAAAAAGAAUAAAAAGGAAAGAGGGCCGGUGAAAAAUCCUGGACCGUAUUACAUAGGAGGAAAAAACAAUGGAAUAGAGAAUGGACGAGGAGGAAUGGGGAAUAACAGACGGAAUAUGGAAAUGGGGAAAGUCUAGAUUAGAUCAGUAAAAGUACAGCAUAUAGACGUGAACAGUGAAAGAAGUCAACAAUGCAUACCUGGCUCCAAAAUCACAAACUAAGAACAGAUUCUAUCCGAAAAUUUAAAUCAAUUUACAUAUUGAAAAAAAAAAUAAUGAAGCAGAAUUUUCUACAUGCCUGUAAAAUUUGUAUAUAACACAUACUUGCAAAUUCAACGAAGGGAUAUUCAUAACAUUCCAAAGUAAAAUAUUUGACUAAUAAGUAUUUUCUCAAUUUAUGAUCUUAAGGACUGUUAUAAAAAGCACUAUAAAUGAAUGGGAUAACACUUUCUGAGAUGUUAAUUUUAGUGUACAAAUUUUAUAUGUUUAUCUAGAGGAACAGUUGUUUAUGAUUUUCUAUUGUGCCAAAGUUUGAUCAAAUUUAAAUCUAAACUGCUGUGUCCUGAUAAAGAGUGUUUCU